CUGUCGCUAAGCCGUGAAGCGAACGAGGGGGAGGCCUGGAGAGUCCGCCCUAAUUGGGGGCCCCUGACAACUGGAAUUGAGUUUUUUUCUCAAACUUUCGACGCUAUUAUUGAGGCUCUUCAUACUUGUGCAGACAUUGCAGCAUGGCUAGCCCUGCAGUGUUCACAUGCAUCACAUGCCAUGUGGCAUUCUCUGAUGGAGAAAUACAGAGGGAGCACUACAAAUCAGAUUGGCACCGGUACAAUCUCAAACGCAAGGUGGCCGAACUGCCGCAUGUGACGGCCGAGCGAUUCCGGGAGCGGGUGCUGGCGCAACAGGCGCUGCAGCCUGCGCCGCUGGACGCCGCCGGCCCGCUCUACUGCCAGCCCUGCCGCAAGCCGUUCAGGUCCGACGCGCAGCACCAGAACCAUCUGCAGUCGCGGCGUCACGUGGAGCAGCAGCGGCGCUGGGACGCCGACGAGGAGGCGCGCCGCCAGCGCCGCCUGGUGGCCGAGCAGAACCGCAAGAACAACGAGCUGUCUGGCCAGUCGGAGAAGGAGGCCGGCGCGUGCUCACCGCGCAGGCCACCGCGCGCAGCGAAUCUGCCGCCGGUCGCCGCCGUCGUCGACUCCGACUCCGACUCCGACUCGGACGAGUCGGUGGAGGAGGUCGACUCGGACGAGUGGGAGGAGUGGGCGGGCGAGGGGAUCGCGCCGACGGCCUGCCUCUUCUGCCCGCACGCCGCCGGCGAGUUGGCGGCUAGCCUGCGCCACAUGACCGAGGCCCACUCGUUCUUCGUGCCGGACGCCGAAUACGUCACCGACAUGGAGGGCCUGGUCACCUACCUCGGCCAGAAGGUUGGCGAGGGGUUCGUGUGCCUGUGGUGUAAUGAGCGCGGCAAGCACUUCAGCUCGGUGGAGGCUGUGCAGAAGCACAUGCGAGACAAGGGCCACACCAAAAUGCUGCAUGAGGGGGAGGUGCUGGCCGAGUACGCCGACUUCUACGACUACAGCACGUCGUACCCGGUCGGCGAGGAAGGGGAGGAGGCGACCGGGCCGGAGCCGCUGACGCUGGACACAGACGGCUUCCAGCUGGUGCUGCCCUCCGGCGCCGUGGUCGGACACCGCGCGCUCGCCAGAUACUAUAGGCAACACCUGCGGCCGGAGAAGGCCGUGGCGCUGCGCCGCACAGGGGGCGCCACCACCGCGCGCGACGUGCUCCACCAGUACCGGCUGAUGGGCUGGACAGGCUCCUCCAAGGAGCAGCUGAAAAAGACGGCGCGCGACAUGCAGGUGCUGCGGCGUCACCAGAUGCGGGACCACAUGCGGCUCGGGGUGAAGGCGAACAGACUUCAGAAGCACUACCGCGAGCAGAACCCCAUAUAGGCGCCGGGCCGGACCUGCCGCCGGCCACGGACCUUGUCGCGAGGUCGGCCGCCCGGCGCACCACCCGGGCCGGAGCUGCCGCUGGCCACGGGCCUUGUCGCGAGGUCGGCCGGCCGGCGCACCACCCGGGCCGGCUCGGCGGUUCGGGCUGGCGGGACUGACCGCGAUGUUAUCGAGUCGCUGAUGUGCGCGUGCGGGUGGUGGAUGCCGCGUUUUGUCAGCACGCCGCUGGCAGUGAGUUUUGAGUCGGACAUGCGCUGGGGUGGGGACACUUGAUGACUUGCCGCGCCGUGCUGCAGUGCGAUUGGGAGGUCCAAUACAAUCACCAACACUUGAA